UUUCUGGCGAACAUAACUUUCAUACACACCGGUCGAUUAACAUUUGAAGUCAUCUACCCAGUCGAACUAUGCUGUGUCAACAUUUUAUUUUACACUCAGGAACAAUUAAAAAUUGUGAAUCCUCGAUCAAGUUGUUGGAACAAACAAAACAUCAUAAAAACUGAAGAGGAGCAAAUUUUAAGGUUAACCCCAACGUUUACUUGGUCGGGAUGUCAGCAAGUUGAACAGAAAGGUGUUUCAAAGUACAUAUGUGAAGGAGGCAAGAGUUUC